AUGAAUAAAUACCCAACAUCAUUAAGUGUAUCGAGGAGAGCAAUUCUUACUGUCUUGUUGGGACUACUGCUCUUGAUUGCAUUUUGCAGCUCGACUUCUUUCAUUCAUGCACAAGAAGAACAACAAGCAGGAAGACAACAUCCACAACCUUCAGGAAUGAGACCAAGACCACCACGUCCAAUUCAUUCAGGAGAAAGACCACCAAGACCUCAUCCUGAACACUCUGGAAUAAGACCAAGACCAUCUGGAGGACACAAACUCCAUCCACAGCCAAGACCUUCAGGAAUGAGACCACGUCCAUCUUAUGCUCGUCCAAGACCUUCUGGACCAAAACCUCGUCCACCAGGACCAAAACAUUCAGGACAAAGACCACCACGUCCACAGCUCCACCAAAAGAUUCUACAACUAUUGAGCCAGACAAUGAUAUUGCUCAAAAUCAAACUGGAGAAAUUUACCAUGGAGAAAAGGAAGGAAAUGAAUUGA